CGACUUACUCACAACAACCUUAUGUAGUUCAUGGUGACAGAAGAUAAGAAUUCUACACAACAUCAUCAAACAGUCGUACUUUACUUUGAUGAUUCAUUUGGUUGGGCCAUGUUUUUGCUUGAGAUUGUAGUUUAAAUGAUCAACACAAUGAAGCUGAGUGCUGUUUGUUUACUGCUAUAUAUCACACAAGUUGACUUUUCACAAGUUUCAGCUACGUGUAUCAGCCCAACAGCCGUUAAGUUUGGAAACAGAUGCUUUCAGGUGUUCGAUACUCCGCUAUCCUGGGACAAAGCCGAUGAGACCUGCUCAGCAUUUACGAAAAGACGUGAACUGGCCAAAUUUUCGACAUGGGACGAAUUAUAUUUUUUAAACAUUCUACAGCGGUUACACGGUUAUAAAGAAAUGUGGCUUGGAGCUAAUGACCCUACACAUGAUGGUAAAUGGGUGUGGCAAGAUGGAACUAUUGCCAACUUAAGCUCGUUAUGGAGCCCUAACGAACCUAAUAACGCAGACGGAGAUGAAUAUUGUCUUGAGAUAUUUUCAGAUGGAAAGUUAAACGAUGAGUCUUGUAAUAGAUUGCGUCCAUUUGUUUGCAUGGAACUGACUGGUUAGUAAUUUAUUUCCUUAUUUCUUUAGAAAUAAGCUAUUCUUGUGACAUGGUUUAAUAUAAUCAAACCUGCUUAGUUAUUUAUCAUUCUUUAAAAUCACAAUGUAAAUUUUAUAUGACUCAUCUGGGAUGUUUAAGAAACACGCAAUACACUGCUCAAACAAAAUCUAUUGUAGCUUUUUUAAAAAAAAAAAAAAACAGGCUCUGUAAUUUUACAAAAUGUUCCACUCUUACUAGUUGCAAAGAAAUCGUUGGAUUCAACGAGUAUUGUUAAUGUCUGACCAAUCAAAUUUUAGAGCAAUGUCCCCGUAUAUGAAACAAAUAUCUCAUAAAAAUGUACUCACAAUCUAAUAGGCAAGUAAUGAAAUUUGGUUUAAAUAUAUUUUAAAUGAGAUAUUUAAAUAAUUUAUAAGGCUUUGAGCCAAUUUGAAGAUCUCCAUAAUCAGAUUUGCAAAGGACUUUCGUGUUCAUUCUGGUUUAAAUAUCAUCAAAUCUUAUAGAAUUAUUAUUUCUGUCAAGUUUUAACAUUUUGGAUGUUAUAAAUUUUCGAUUAGUUAGGAACCAGAUCUUUUGUUAACUUUAAAUUGCAUAUCAUAUUUAAAAAAAAAUACAUUUUGACUACGAUACAUUAGUUAACAUAUCGAAAAUGCAGUAAAUGUAUUAAAAUAUGUUUAUCUCUAAAUAAUUAAGUUACAAAAUUGUUAAUACUAUUGUAGUCCUUGAUAUUUAUUCUGUAUAUUAUACAAUUGUAGGUGUACGUACUUGUAGUAUCUUUGCUGCUUAUUUACUCUGUUUAUUAAAAAAAGGGAGAGGAAAUUAUUUGAAGUAAAGUUUUUAAAAAUUAAAAAUAUCUAAACAUUAAACCUAAAUUAAAUCACAAUCUAACUCUAAUAUAACUCAACACUAGGAUUAAAACCAAAGGUUAUAAUUACAGCAUUUUCCAAAUUAAGAUGCUAUAUAAGCAUAUUAUAUGCAAAAACAGUCAAAGUUUGGGUUGUAUUAAAGAGUUUAUUAGUAAGUCCCGAUUGCGAACCCAUCUAGGUGAGAAAACUCCGAAAUCAAACAGAAGACCCUUAGGCGUUAGAAUUACAAACUCUGGUUUCCUUUCGGCACUGCUUAACCCAAGCUGUACGGGUAACGUCCUGCCUCUUGAGUCCUUCAGCUGUGUGUGUGAGUGGGGGGG